AUGGAAUUCACAAUUUCCUUUCUUUGGAUCUCACUCAUCCUCUCAUUCCUCUAUCUCGUCAAGCGGAAGCUAAGCCCGGGAGCCGGAAAGACCGGAGCACUCCCCCUGCCCCUCCCCCCGGGGCCGACGCCGCUCCCGAUCGUCGGCAACAUUCUCGAUGUGGGUGCGCAGCCGCACCGCUCCCUCGCGCGCCUCGCGCGGGUCUACGGGCCGGUCAUGUCUGUGAGGCUGGGACUGAGCACCACCGUAGUGGUCUCCUCCCCCGCCGCGGCGCGCGAGGUCCUUCAGAAGAAGGACCAGGCCCUCUCUGGGCGCUGGGUCCCCGACUCCAUGCGCGCCCUCGGCCACCACGAGACCUCCACCGUAUGGCUCCCCUCGGGCGACCCCCUGCGCAAGCACCUCCGCGCCGUCAUCGCCACCAACAUCUUCUCCACCCUCAGCCUCGGUGCCACGCGCGCCGUGCUCGAGCGCCAGGCCCGCGAGCUCGUCGCAAACCUCCGUCGCUGCACCGGGCAGCCGGUCAGGUAA